GAUCCCGCGUGGCUCGGCAUUCAGCGAUACCAUGUCAAUCCCGCGGGGCAUCUCUGAGUUCGGAGACGCGCUCAGCACGCCGCGAGGCUCCACGUUCAGCCGCACCUCCGAGGGACAGCUCCUGUUGCCAAAGGCGGGUCACAAGCGCCUGAGCACGAACAGCGCGCCGCCGAUGGUGGGACGCUCGGACAGCGCCUACCACACGCCGCGCACCAGCUUCCAGUACCCGCCCGACAGCCCGCAAAGCAUCCCAAGGGCCGGCGUCGUAGUCACCUCGUCCCGUCAGAGCCAGCGGCGGAGCAGCAGCAGCUCCGCCGCCUCGGCCUUCGCCAUCGCGACGGCCGGCUCCUCCAAUCCGCGCGACCACCCGGCGCCCAGUCAGCAGCCGUGGACGGCGGCCGAGCGGCGCCAGAGCUGCAAGCGCCAGGAGAGCAUUGUCUCCACGGCGGCCACCAUGCGCGUGCUCAACGUGCUCCGACACUGGGGCUCCAAGCACUUCCAGGACUUUGAGAGCGACAACCAGCUGAAGAACCUGACGAUCGAGUUCCUGGAGGACGUGAUGAGCUCGCGGACGAUACUGCCGACCGAACACAAGGCGGCCAGCCAGCUGUACCACAUGAUCACGAGGGAGGAGCCGGCCAGAAACCGCGUCACCUUGGACAGCCUGCUGGCGCCGCCGCUGACGCCCAGCAUGGAAAGCAUAGACACCUUGUCUGCUCUGGACAUUGCGGAGCAGAUGACGUACCUGGACCACCAGAUCUUCAUGGCUAUCAGGAGCGAGGAGUUCCUCUGCCAGAAAUGGAUGAAACCAGAGAGAUGCAGAAGGCCUCCACACAUCGUCAUGAUCACCAGACGCUUCAAUGAGAUGUCGGUACUGGUCGUUUCGUCGAUCUUGAGGAACAAGAACUCAUCGGACCGGGUGCAGGUGAUAGAAAAGUGGGCGGCUGUGGGCGACAUCUGCCGGUGUCUGCAGAACUUCAACGGCGUCCUGCAGAUAUGCGCCGCCUUCACGAACACGCCCGUUUUCCGUCUCAAGCGGACCUGGGAGAAAGUCAGCAAAACGACCAAGCAGACCGUCAGCCGACUGCAGAAGCUCGUCUCGUUUGAGGGCAACUUCCGCAACCUGCGUGACACGCUGCACCGCUGCGACCCGCCGUGCAUCCCCUACCUGGGCAUGUACCUGACCGAGCUCAGCUUCAUCGAGGAGGGCACGCCCAACUUCACCGACGACGGUCUGCUCAACUUCGCCAAGAUGCGCAUGAUCGCGCACGUGAUCCGCGAGAAUCGCCGGUUCCAACAGACGCCGUACAAGAUCGAGUACAACGCCAAGGUGUCGGCCUACCUACUGGAUACGUCUGCGUGCGGCCUCAGCAACGACGACCUCUACGAGAUGUCGCUGUCGAUCGAGCCGCGCACAUCUCGCAUCUCUUCGCUGACGGUGCCCACGAGCCACGGCGGCGACGGCGUGAGCAAGAUCAAGCCGCGACUCUCCAUGGGCAACCUCGGCCGGAACCUGGUGCCCAGCAUAGACUCGCGGCGCAGCUCGUUCUCGUAGUGCUGCCGACGAGACGGCGCCGGGCGGCUGAAGGGGUCUGUCGUCUGCGCCGGGCAGGAGGGCUCCGCCCGCACCUCGUGGGCAUCAGGCAGGCCGCCUGCCCGGGCGCCGGGGAUAUCGUAAGACGCGCAUCCCCGCGCGGUGUGGGCACCUGGUGGCGGGUACCGAGGACUUCUGCAGAGGCUCCUGAAGGCGGCUCCCUGUCCCUGCCUCACCGUGGAGCGCCGAGUGGGGUGUACAUACAGUGCCGUAGUUAACAGGGCGCGUGGGAUACACCUUGCC